UGUGCUGCAUUUACAUCAGAUUACAGAACACGGAAGCAACAGUUCCUUCAAACCGUUUGCCUAAGCUAAGCAAGGGCCCCAGGCGUGGAGUCCCAAAAUCUGAGUGUCCAUUACAUCAAGGAGAGAUGAGCAGAGGAAAAGCCAAGGGGCAGGAGAAUGUGACCAGUUCUCUCCUUAGCAGCCAGGAGAAUGAUCGCCUGCUAGAGCUGCUGGGAAGGAGAUGCAUGACCAUGGCCACAGCGGUUGUUCAGUUGUACAUGGCUCUUCCUCACAGUCCGACGCAAUGGAGUCUGCAACAUACUGGAGUUGUUUGUUUCGUUAAGGACAAUCCUAAACGUUCAUACUACAUCCGGCUUUAUGACAUAAAGGAAGGAAAAAUGGUAUGGGAGCAGGAGCUGUAUAAUCAGAUGGCUUAUUGCUGUCCAAUGAGGUUCUUCCACACUUUUUCAGCUGAUGACUGUCAAGUAGGUUUGAACUUUGCCAGUGAGACAGAAGCUGAAUUUUUCAGAAACAUCAGUGUGGAAAAGAUUAAUCAGAGAUUCAAUCGCCAGGAAAAAAAACAGCAUGCUCCGUCUGAAGAAAACCGGGCACUACCACAAACUCCUCCAACAAAUGGUCCAGUUUCACAGCCAACUGUAAUGGCCACAGUGGACAUCCAGAACCCAGAUAUUGUGGCAUCAAGGUACCGCUCCACCCCAGUGCCGAUCCCUGCACCAGCCUCACUCUGCAUUGGCAAAAAGAACAAAAAGGGAAAGAAGAAAGGCCCAAAGCUCACUAAGGCAGAUAUCGGAGCUCCUAGUGGAUUCAAACAUGUCACUCAUGUUGGGUGGGAUCCAAACUCUGGGUUUGAUACCAACAAUCUUGACCCUGACCUGAAGAAUUUGUUCAGCAGUGCUGGUAUCAGUGAUGCCGAGCUGGCAGACAAAGAAACAUCUAAGAUCAUCUAUGACUUCAUCGAGCAAUCUGGAGGCCUGGACGCAGUAAAAGAGGAAAUGAGAAAACAGGAGGGUCCUCAUUUUGCCCCUGCACCUCCUCCACCUCGCAGCGGGCUUCCCCGAGUCCCAGGUCCACCUGGACGUCCUGCACCACCUUCACGCAGCCCUGGACCCCUGCAUCGCGCUCCACCCCCACCUGCACCACCUGGAGGCCGUUUUGAGCCUCCACCUCCUAUGCCAUCUUCUCACCCGCCACCACCACCCCCCAGCCACAGUCACAAGCCACCUCCUCCACCUAUGGGUGGCGGUGCACCACCUCCACCUCCGCCCCCACCUCCUCCUCCACCGCCGCCUUCUUCAGCCAGUAACUUCCCCAGUAGCCCUGGCAGCUCAGCACCACCUCCUCCUUCCUCUGGUGGUGGAGGACGAGGAACCUUAAUGGAGGAAAUUCGCCGUGGACGUGCGUUGAAGAAUGUGUCUGAAUCCCCGGACACUAAUACUCCAGCUCAAGAUGAAUCCUCAGGGGGAAUUGUGGGAGCUCUGAUGAUGGUGAUGCAGAAAAGGAGUAAAGUUAUCCAUUCCUCGGAAGACGAAGAAGAUGUUGGGGGUGAUGAAGAUGAAGAAGAUGAAUGGGAUGAAUAAUGCUUCUCUCUGUUCUUGGUUCACAAACUUAUGACAUCCACCAAUUCAUAAAAUGAGCUGAUAAAGCUGAUGCUUAUUUGAUAACUUCAGGUUAUUCCAGAUUAAUUGCACAGAAUGAUCUGAAGAUUUUCUGUAAAUCCAAUAAAACCCUAACUUUGAUAAUGCGUA